CUCUCCUCCUCCCCCGAACCGCGAUCCUCUCCCUCUCCUCCUCCUCCGCCGCCCCGCGCGCGGCAGCUCCAGAACCGCCGCCUCUGGACCUACGCCCUCACCUUCGGCUGCGUCGCCGGGUUCAUCGUCAUCGUCCUCAGCAACUUCCAGGACCAGCUCGUCUUCUACAUCACCCCCACCGACGCGCUCCAGCGCUUCGCCGAGAAUCCCUCGAAGAACCGCUUCCGCCUCGGCGGCCUCGUCCUCGAGGGCUCCGUCGUCCACCCCUCCGCCUCCUCACCCGAGAUGGAGUUCGUCGUCACCGAUCUCAUCACCGACAUCCUCGUGCGCUACGAGGGCUCCCUCCCUGACCUCUUCCGCGAGGGCCACUCCGUCGUCGUCGAGGGCUUCUUGCGCCCCUUCUCUGCGGACGUCAACGGUCCCAAUCUCGCGGGCCCCAAAGUGUCGGAGAAGGCGAGGAGCAUGGAGUGCUUCUUUAAGGCCACCGAGGUGCUCGCCAAGCACGACGAGAAGUACAUGCCCAAGGAGGUGGCGGAGGCGCUCGAGAGGAACAAGAAGAAGAUGGAAGCUGCGGCUGCUGCCGAAGGUUCGGCGGAGAGGAGUUGAAAUACCCAACCUUAAACCCUAAUUCAGGUUCUUACCAAUAUUUGAUACCUCAUCAUUCAUUUGAUUAUAAGUUUUGCCGAGCUUGAUUAAAAAGUUCUAAUUUUAGACCAAUUUUUGGGAUUCUGCGGCUCCUAGCUGUUGUAAUGAGACAAUCCACAGUUUUGUACUGGGAAUAAGAAAAAGAGAUGAUAUCAUUUUUUGCUUCCCGAGAGGCAUAGAUGUGGAAUUCAGAUGUGGUUGGUUGCUUAA